AUGAAGCAAGCCCUUGAGAUCGACAAUGUAGCUUUUCACAUCAACAACACGAAGAGAAAGAAGCCGGUUUACCUUGUCACUGGACUAAUGUGGACUGAGGGUGCCAAGUUAUCCAAGGUCUUGUCCAAGAAGAGCCAGGUCAACAGCCAGGCCGCUGCCACUGACCCGCAUUCGGGCACCACUGCUGGCGCGACCGCCUCGUACGGGAACGAGGAGAGCCACGCUUCAAGCUUUGAUGGAUCUACCCCGUUUAUCCUUGGCAUUAGGGUCCGGAAGAUCUGGUGGGACAAGGACGGGGUGAGACAAGAGGAGGAAGACAUUGUGGGAGCAACACUCGGCAAUUCUAAGGCGAUGAACGAGGGUGUUCUGGAAGGGCUGAAGUAUGUUGACGAUGAAGUUGCCGAAGUGCCAGGGCAAAACAUCAUAGACGAGAAGCAAAUGGGGGUAGAAGAACCCAUCACCUGGAUCCUGUCCUGA